AUGUCGAUAUUUUUAAAACAAACUACACAGCGCAAGAAUCAAUGCUCCCAGCUUAUCAAUCUGACUGGAAACCUCAAAAUUCGUCGUUUUUUAAGAUACUGAAUCCAUUUUUAUGAGGACUGAAAAAGUAACCUGCUUCACGUGCCUAUAAAAUAUACCUCUAGCAGUGAGCAUACAGUCUGAUGAAGAGCCUCGCCUAAUUAUUUAUUAAAAAUAGAAAAUUAGAUUUUUGUCUAAUAAUAAUAUUUCUUUAAUUUGAUAUAUCCGAAUAUAAUCAAUAAUAUGAGCCUAUUUGGAUAUACGUUAGAAGAAACUAGCAGCGAAAUCGACUCUUGGGUAUCAGAAAUCAGAGAAAACCUUAACCACAUAACAAAUAAGAAAGCCGAAGACUACGGCUUUGACUUCACAAACGAAAUUCCUCGAACAUCUAUUGCAAAACGUUUUGAAUGGGAGGAAAUCCCAGAUGAUACUAAACCAUCAUGUGGAUUCUAUUCCAGUUUUCGAAAUUCUUAUGCGAGAUCAAGUUUAUCUACUAUGCCGUCUUUAGACGCCGAUCAAGUUGAAGAAAUUCCAAAAAUCCUAGACUUAAAUCUCAGGGUUUCGUUAGAAAGCGAAAAUGUCAGCGAUUUUUCUUUGAAGAAUCAGCAAUCUAUAUAA